AUGGUCUUUUUCAAACCCCACGCCCGCUCCCUCAGCGAGCAGCUCGACAACCUCGCCCGUCUUGCCCUGAAAGUCGGCAACAGAGACGACGACUCCGAUCUCGAGGCACAAACGUCCAGACGCCUGCUUGAAGGCUCCAUCAAGUCGGGAUCCAUGAAAUCGAAAAGCUUGCGCUAUGGCGCCACCGACGACGUGCUGAUGCUGUCGCUCCGUCCGCUUAUCUCUUUUGGUCCUCGUCUGGAAGAAUCGGAGGUGCUCAGUAUCUACAGCGACGAAACACGGCCCCGGUCGCCACAGCAGCUGUUCCAGUCGUUGGCGCCGCUUCCUCGUCCGCUGGUUUUUGCCUCGGCGUUGCUGACGGCCCGCUUUGUGUGGAACAGAAUGCACAGCAGCGAAAGACGGCUGCUUGGGGUUUUCCACAAGUGCCUUUUGGUUGCGUUUUUGGCGCUUUUGGCGGGAUCCGGUUAUGUUAUUUUUUUGGAGGCCGCCAAGGGCUUUGUUUGUUGGGCCCAGGCCCAGCUAGGCUGGGCCAAGUUGCCUUUCUGUGAGGAAAUGUAG